AUGGAAGGCCUAAGUAAAAUUGAAGUGACAGUUAAUGAAGUGUAUUCCCCAAAAGAACUAAGUUCUUCUCUUAUAUGCAAAGUCUUCUUAAAAGAUCAAGUUAAGUCAGUUCAAGUAAAAUUCUAUUUAGCAUCCGUUUAAUUCCCCAUUCAUUUUUGAUAUCUUGAAUCUUACUCAAGACGAUAUAUUAAUAGUUUCUUUAGAAGACUCAAGUCAAGAGUUGGCUUUUGCUGAAAUUCGCAUUGGAGAUAUUUUAAGCGACUUAAGAGGGUCAAUUAUGCAAUGGGUAAAAUUAAUAUCUCGCAAAUCUCCAUCUAAUAGAUUUCAUCAACUUUAUGAAGAAUCAGAGCAGUCUUAUAGGAUUCAAGUCCAAAUCAGCAUAAGAAAUUCUUCGGGAGUACAAGCUAGUACUAGCAAUCAGCAAAAAUCUACUACAAGGCUUGAUUUAAAUACUUCUCCUGAAGGAAACCAAGGAUGCCCAAGAUGCAUGUAUUUAGUAAGACUUGCUGAAAGCCAAACAUAUGAACUCUUGGCUUUGGAAGAAAGUAAAAGCACAUAUUCUGACAUAAAACAAUUACUUAAAGAUUACUACGCAAAUGAGCAGCCAAGCUAUUCCAGGCUUCUCUACUCAAACGCAGAAGAGCUAGGAAUAGAUUUGCCUAUGCAGAUGGGUCAGAAAGGCCCACAGGUAUCAAAACAAGAAGCUGAGCAUUUAAGAGAAGUCAUACUAGGGCUAAAUGAAAAGCUUAAAGGCCUCCAAAUUAUGCAAGACGAAGUCCAACAAAUAAGAAAGCAACUUCAUGACAGCCAAGUAAAUAGGCUAAUUUUGCAAGAAAGUGUAAGAAAAGCGACCUGCGAGUUAGAAGAAAAAUGCAAGCAGCAAAGUGACAAGCACUCUCAAUCAAUUGAAGAAAGAGCUAAAGCUAUGCAGAAUUUGCUUGACCAGCAGCAUCUUUAUAACCAGAAAUGCUUGGAGCAAGAUGAGUUAAAUAGCAGCUUAGCAACAUUAAAUGCAAGCUUAAAAGAGCUAAAGGCUGAAGAAUUUAACUAUUUAACGAUGAAAGAGCAUAUUUCCAGAUUAGAGACUGAGCUCAAAGUCUCAGAAAAUAAAAGAGACGAGCUAAGGUCAGAGUAUCGAAAUUCAAUCCAACAAUUCGAAAACCAAAAGAAAAAACAAAUAGAAAAUAUCAAUAGACUAAAUGAAGAAAAAGCCCAACUAUUGAAAGAUAUCAAAAACUUGCAAAGCCAGCUUUUUGAUCAAAAAAAUGUUAAUGAGGAGCUCACUAAAGUGAAUCUUGACUUAGAAAGCACCAUAAAAGAAUUGGAAGGGGAAAUUAAAGUGCUGGAAGAUGAAACGACAGAAAUAAGUGAAGCAAGAAAUAUCGCUGAGAAAAAAGAAAAUAAAUGCAUUUUCCUUCAAACAGAAAUCCAUAAGACUGCUAAGACUUUCGAAGAAGAAUUAGCUGAUAUCUCAAGAAUCAACCAAAAUCUCCUCAAAGAGAAAUCUGAUGUAGUCAACACAUUAAAUGAAUUAGAAAAUAUUCUAGAAAAUAAGACUGAAGAAAUCCAAGACUUGACACAUACCAAUUUCAAUUUGAUGAAUAAAACAAUUAACUUAGAACUCCAGCUCUGUUCUCAGCAUGACCAAGAAAAUAUCCGACAAGCUCUGGAGCAUCAGCUUAAUAUGAACGAAAAUAUAAAAUCAAUAUUACUACAAGAACUUAACCAACUCACUGAGUAUCUAGAAAAACAAACCUCUGAAUGCUUACUCCCCCCCCCCCCUCCGUGAGCGAACAAAACCAUUAGAAAAAUCACCAUUUUUUGACCAAAAACCCACCCUCCGUGAGUGAACAAAAAUUUUUUUAAUAGAAAAAAUUUUAAUGGAAAAAAAAUUUUGAUAUAUAAGUGAUAAUUAGUAUAAUGAAAUCUAGAGCUAAUUCUGUUUUAUUUUAAACAAAUUGCGUUUUUAAAACAUAAAAUUUUGCAAAUUAAAUUAAUAUUUGCUUCCCAAUUUUUGCAAAUUAGGGAUUUUUUAAAUUUCGAAAAAAAUAUUUUUUAUAAAAUUUAUAUAUAAAUUUUUUUUUAAAAAAAAAAAUUAACCCCCCUCCGUGAGUGAACAAAAUUUUUUUGUUCGCUCACGGAGGGGGGGGGGGGAGUUAGCUCUUAGCAGGACAGUUGAAAGCUGCAAAAGAAUGGUCGAUGAAAAAUGCAUUGAAAAAGAAAAUAUGCAAAAAAUAGUAGGUGAUCUAAGACAAACAAGACCUCUUUAUGUUACUGUGAAAGGAGAUUUAAUAGAUGAGAAAUUCGGAAGCGUGCUGAAUGAAAGGAAAGACUGGUAUGAUCUAAUGAUCUAUAGGAAAAACUCGGGGGUUUAUAAUAUUGGAAGCAAAGAAGUUGGAAUGAGCUUAAAUGAUAAUCAGUUGAUGGUAAGGCUAGGCAAAGGUAUAAUGACAAUUGAAGAAUUUCUUAAUACUUAUAUUCCUCUGGAGAAAAAUAAAAAACAAUUCUCCACUCCAGUUGUGAUGAGGCAGCAAAUAGCAAUUCAUGAAAUCUCUCAAUAA